AGUGGCUACUGGUCCUUCUCCUGGAGUGCUCGCUGCCACUGAUCCUAUGGAAUAAACGCCAGAGUCAGACGGCCGUGCGACUAGUGAAUCUUGGAAUUUUUACCUUCGUCUUCACUAUGUUUCGUUCUAAACGGAAGGAUAGCGCUAUACGAACCCUGGUAGCCGAGACUCUAGUGCUAGCCAAGACCCAUGGGUACGUGGAGAAGAUCGAGCACGAGCUGGAAGAAGAACUUCAGAGGGAGAACACAGAGCCGCCCAACAGGAUCUUGGCAAAAUGGAGGAGAAACGGGGAGAAGGUCCUUAAGAACAAGUACACCCUCCUCACUGUCGCCCUCUUCUGCGUCACGGAGUGCGCCCUCAUCCUGGGGGAGCUCUUUCUUGACCUUCAGAAGGUCAAAGAUAUUGCCAUCUCUACGUGGCGGAACACUGAAUCACGUGACCCCCACAUGCGGCAGGCGGUCAUCACGUGGUACAAUAUUCAUGCUUUGAUUGGUCGAAAUGUCAACAUCGGCGCUGCCUAA